AUGGAGGUGAAGAGUCUAUACACCGUUAUACCGCACGGCGAAGGGGUGGAGGCUAUGAGAACAGUAUUAUCCCACUCAUCAGUCAAUAAAGGACUCCCCAUAGAGUUUGUAUUGGAAGUCAUGACACUGGCCCUGGAGCAUAACUAUUUUCGCUUUGAAAAGGAAUGGUUCCUGCAAGUAUCAGGUACAUCUAUAGGGGCGGCAAUGGCCCCCAUGUAUGCUAAUGCGUACAUGUAUGUAUAUGAGAAGAAUAACAUCUUGAUACCGUAUGCCCACCUAAUACAAGGUUAUUAUCGCUUUAUUGAUGACUUGUUAAUUAUCUGGAAGGGCACGUCAGCAGAGGCAUACACUAUGGUUGAAGAUUUGAAUAGACUACAAACCCCGAUUAGAUUAAAAGCAAACAUCAGCCCAGAUAAAGUACAAUACCUGGAUGUCAAAUUAUCUAUUGGGAAGAAUAACAUUGAGUAUUGCCUUUAUACAAAGGCCAUGGAUCGAAACACCUUACUCCAUGCACAAAGUGCACACCCUGAGUCUUUAAAGAAAUCUUUACCGAAAGCACAAUACCUUGGAGUAAUAAGGAACAACUUGAAUGACAUUGUAAAAGAAAUGCAGCUACAGGAAAUGACUAACAAGUUUUUGAAUCGUGGAUAUCACAGCCAUACCCUCAGUAAAGCUUUAGAAGAUGCUAAGACAACUCGUGCAAGGAGGGAGGCAUCUUCAAUUCAACGAUUAGUCUUUCCCAUGACUUUCCACAAUUUGACUCCUCAGAUUUCUGCAACAGUCCGGAAAAAUUGGAGAAUACUGGCUACUGAUGAUACACUUCCUAAGGUCUUUCAUGAAACUCCACUGAUUUGCCAUAAGAGAAAUAAGAGCUUGAAGGAUAUGUUG